AUGGCGGAAGUAGACGGCGCCUCGCCGAAAGAGCAGAUCCUCGAGGCAUGCCGCAGAGACAAUGUCGAUCUGUUCAACGAGGUCCUGGCGACUGCGUCCAAAGGCACGUCAAAGGAGAAGGUUGCAGAAUUCUUCAACUCUGUGACAGACACGAUGGGAAACCAUUUGCUGCACGUUUGUGCAAGCUACGGAUCAUACGAUGUAAUGGAUGAACUGCUCAACGUCGAGUACCUAGAAUGCGACCCUCUUACGAGACGAGACCGUGAAACACCGAUCCACAGCGCCGUCAAGUACGCGAACGAGCGAGAAGUCGAGCUGGGCACAGCGAUGGCCAAGAUGCUCAUAGAUGCUGGGGGCGAUCCACGCGUGAAGGACUCGCAUGGCAGAAAAGCGGCCGAGCUCUGCACGCCACGGACGGAGGAGUUGAAACAAGCACUGCGGGAUGCUGAAUAUGUGAUGAACGAGGGUCUGAAGGGCGCGCAAGCUGAUGACGACGAUGAUGGACCAACUGGUAGUGCCUCCGAUUCGGAUUGA